GUUCUGCAAUUCCAUCGUCGUUGGCCGGUAGCUGGCUGCUGUCCCUUCCUCCCAUCGUCCGAGUUUGCGCCAACCUUCCUUGCUCCUCUCCUCCAUAACCGCUUUCGAUCCACAAAAUGCAAGGCCUCGUUCCUAUCGCCGCUCUCUUGGCCGCCGCUGCCUCGGCUGUCCACGGACAUAUGACCGUCAAGAGCCCACCUCCUCGCCAGCUGCCUCCCGUCUACGGCGGAUAUAUUGAGCCCUAUGACUACAACAUCCUCAAUCCCCUUGACUCCGCCAGCGGCCGCACCUUCCCCUGCCAGGGCAAGGCUCCCGGUCCGGUUCUCACCACCCUGAAUGCCGGUGGCAACGUCACUGUUACUGUCGGUGGCAACUGGCCCAACCCCGCCUACCACAGCGGCGGCCACGUCCAGAUCGCCCUUUCCUACAGCACCUCUCUCAACUACAAUCCCUCCGACUGGGUUGCUCUGUUCACCGCCGCGCACGGCACUUGGGAUCCCACGCCUGUCCAAGAGGGAUAUCAUUUCAACGUUGCCAUUCCCAGCGGCAUCCCCAAUGCAGCCAAUGCGGUGCUUUCCUGGGUCUGGAUCAACGCCGUCGGCAACCGCGAGCUAUACACCUCCUGUGUCGACGUUGCCAUCACCGGCGGUAGUGACUCGUCCUCGGCCUCGCUCGUUGGCCCGCAGCUCUUCAUUGCCAACUACCCCGGCUACCCAACCAUUCCCGAGAUGGUCGUUGGCGUUGAUGAUGGAACUCACUAUUUGAACGACCGCCCAACCAUCACGGUCCGACCUGGUCCCCAAACCGCCACCACGGGCGCUGCGAGCUCGACCGUCAAGCCAACCACCACCACCACUACUACUACUACUACCACCACUACCACCACUACCACCACUACCACUACCACUACUCCGGUCAAAACUACCACGACCACUACUACUCCCGCCAAAACCACCACCACCACGACCUCGGCCAAAACAACUACUACCACGACCCCGGUCAAAACCACCACCACCACCACCACCCAGAGCCCUGCUCCCACCACGAGCACCUGCACUACUCCGGGCUCGUACUCUUGCAGUGCCGCCGGUACCGCCAUCCAGGUUUGCGACUGGAGCGGCAACUGGGUCACCAUCGGAACGUGCUCCAGCGGCACCAAGUGCACCUCCAACUACAUCUGCGCUUAAGCGCCCGGGUGUGUCAAUGGGGAGGAGCGACUGUAUCCGCGGCUUAUUGCCGUGGGGAUGUGUGGAUGAUAUCGCUCUGGGAUGCCGCUUCCCCUACCCUUGUGCUGUUCCCUCGUCUGCAUUACAAAAAGAUUCUUCCCCUGACUGAUGGCUGCGACUCUUCCCUCCUUCCUUCCCGUGCCCUGGCUGCUCUGUAAUCUUUGUAAAUCGGUGUCGAGCGGCGGGUGGGGGCGUUCAUUCUUGAGCCAGCCGAGUGCCUCUUUCUCUUUCUUUGCCCAUCCGACCUCUGUGUAUUCUUGUUUCUAUCGCUUUCCAACGCUGCCGAAUCUUCUAAUAUAGCCAAGUAUCAAG